UUCGGGGGAAGUCCCUCGAGGAAAUCCCCUUCAGUACCGGAAUAUUAGGCUAUUUCAUAGGCUAUUGAACGCGCCCUAUCUCACACAGUGACCUUCUCUCUAAAUAAGAUUAGCGACUGAGAGUAUAGUUACCAGAUCGUAAACUGUGUGUGACCUGAAGCAAUACAUGUUGACUGUUACUGCAUAGACGGGACUGCAGAUGUCCACGCGAAGUCUCUGAUUUGUGGAUUUAACCUAAAAGGAUAUGGAAAAUAUAAAGGCGGAAAACGAUGCAUUGAUUAGUAGCUACAGGUUAAACACUUUAUGUCACGGGACAGGACAGGAAAUUGACUCGCUGAGCCAUCAGAUAUGCUUGACAGACAGUACAAUUGCAGAUCUUGAAGCGAGAUUGGGAAAAUACGAGGGCACAUGUAAGAAGGUGGAAACAGAGGAACCUGUGAUAUUAGGACAUUCUAAACGUUCGUUGGAGAGUUUGUGCAAUGAAGCACGUAAUCUGAAGCAAAUACUGCCAGAUAGGCCUACAGAGACGCACGCUGCCCAGCAAUCGAAGACGAACAUACUCGAGAUCGACCGGCUACAGCAACACGCUUGGGAAACCGAGUGGGAGAUAUCAGGAAUCGCGGGCAGGCAGCAGCUCCAGAGGGAGUUUAGAAGGGGGACGCCCGGGGGGCAGUGGACGUCCAAGGACGAGCAGGACCGGUUCUACAGCUCUCUGGAGGAGAACCAGUUGAGGGCCCAACUUGGGGCCACAAUCGCAGUGUGUCAAGAGCUGUUGAAGAGGCUGGAGAGGAAUGGGUCACCGGAUAAAGGAACACAUGACCUGCAGUUUCAAGAGUUUACUGAUUCUUCAAAAGCUGCUAAUCUCAACACCGUAGUCUGCAAACUGAAGGAGGAAAACAGAGAGCUGAAGCAGAGAAUAGCAUAUGUAGAGAACCUGAAUUCGAAAUGGCAGAAGUAUGACCUGAGCAGAGAAGAGUACGUGAAAGGACUGUGCAAGAGGCUGAAGGAGUCCAACCCCUUGGCCGAUCUGGGGGCGGGGUUAGGGGCAGGGGCGGGGCCAGUACCGGUCAGAAGCACGCUGCUGCAACAGGAGAUCGUAAGACUGAACCGCCUCCUGGAUGAAAAGAUGAACGACUGCACUAAGCUCAGAAGGGAGCUGGAGGACUCCAGGAAACAGGACCAGGAAAGAAUCCAGACUCUGGAGCAGCAGGUACUCAUCUAUACGGAUGACUUUAAGUCUGAGCGUGCUGAUCGGGAGAGGGCACAAAGCAGAGUCCAGGACCUGCAGGAGGAGGUGUUGCGCCUCCAGCAGAAACUCCGUAAAAAACAGGCAAGGAGCAGACCGCCCCCCGCAAUUUUGAGUGUUCCUUUUUCCCGCCGUCCUUUCGCGCGCGUUCUAAGCGUAGCCGCAAAGGCUAACAAGCUGUAUGUUGAAUUCAGCAGGAGCGGAGGGAUCCACCGGCGGCGUGCUGCGUGCACAUCGGACACAGAAUGUCCGCACACGUGCAGGCGGACGGCGCCGAGCCGCGGGUCCAGCCGGGGCUGCAGCGGUCGAGCCGACAGCCGGCUACGGUUCGGACCGAUCGGCAAGCCUUAACGGACCUACAGUGCCCGCGAUGUUUCGCUUCCUAUGACGAGGAGCACACGGCGGAGUUCCUGAAGCACUGGGACGAGUGUGCCAAUUUAUGACAGGAAACAGGAAGUGACAUCAAGACCUUGUUUUAGUAAAACCACUACAUGUCCAAGACAUGUGACUAAUUGCACAUCUUGAUUAUUUUCAAAGAACUCACGUUUUGGUACUGUUUUGGAGCAUAUUCCAAAUGCACGUAAGUACAUAUGAGCUUUAUGGACUUGGAUUUGUAGACUUGCUGAAGUAAUCCAUUUUAAAGCAAAAUUCAGCAUAUGGACCACCAAAAUGCAUCUUACUGCAGGCUGUAUAAAGAUGGCUUGGUUCCAUAUAAUUGUUCUGAAACAGCUGAAUUACACUUCAAUGGCACUUACAUUUUUCCUGGAAGAUAAUAAAACAGUAUGUUGUACAAUUUUGUCAAUUAAAAAAAAUAAAUUUAUAUUUUUGAUAGUAAAAAGUAAGCUCUAUAGACACGUAAUUGGAUUGAACCCAAAGCUGGUCACCGGAUAUACCUCAGUAAAAAUGUUUUAAGUAUUUUGUAUUGGACAGUGUUGCGAACUCUGCACUUUCCUGACAUCACAAGGGUGUCAUAAUAAUAAUUUCCAAAACAGAUCAUUUAACAUGUAUUUUUGAAAAUUACAUAAGCUUUUUAGAGAGUUUCUUUAUGGUCAUGAUGCUGCUUAUCUAACUGUGAUAUUGGUAAUGUUGUAGACUAUAUUUUGCGUAUUGGAUUUUAUUUAGUAUGUUGUAUAUGAAAUUCCUUCUUUGUAUUUAUAAAGUUAUAUAUUUAUAUACAGUCCAUCCUGCCAAUAUAUAUUGCUUGUUCUAUACCUGACUUAUUGCAACAUUAAGAGUUUUUGUGUCUCCAACUAAUUAUUUGUAUUGUGCUGUUUUGCAGCAGUAUACCCUUUCAUUCUCUGAAGGCUCCUUAAAUAAUGGGUGCUUAUGAUGAUGAAAGCCUACAAUUAAAAAUAAAAAGAAUAAUAAAUGACCUUCAACAUUCAA